AUGUCCAACCAAACCACCGAGACUGAGUUCCUUCUCCUGAGCUUCUCUCAGGCGCGAGAGCUGCAGAUGUUACACUUUGUGGUGUUUCUAGGGAUUUUCCUGGCAGCCCUGAUGGGGAACCUCCUCAUUAUUACAGCUGUAGCCCUGGACCACCAUCUUCACACCCCCAUGUACUUCUUCCUGAUGAAUUUGUCCAUAAUAGACCUCGGAUCCAUAUCCGUCACUGUCCCCAAGUCCAUGGCCAAUUCCCUACUGAACACCAGGUCGAUUUCUUAUUCUGGUUGCGUUGCCCAAGUCUUUCUCUUCAUUUUCUUCACUGCGGUUGACUUUGCUUUUCUCACCAUCAUGGCGUAUGACCGCUACAUCGCCAUCUGCAAACCACUGCACUAUGAGUCUCUGAUGAACAGGAGAGCUUGUAUUGAAAUGGCAGCCAGUGCUUGGAUCAGUGGUAUUUUCUGCUCUGCAUUGCACACUGGGAACACAUUUGUGUUAACCUUCUGUGGAGGCAACAUGGUGGAUCAGUUCUUCUGUGAAAUCCCCCAGCUACUCAAGCUCACUUGCUCUGACUCAUAUCUCAAUGAAGUUGGGAUUAUUGCCUUUUUUGCAUGUUUAACUAUAAGUUGCUUUCUUUUCAUAAUUGUAUCAUAUGUUCAGAUCUUCACCACGGUGCUGAGAAUCCCCUCUGAGCGUGGCCGGCAUAAAGCCUUCUCCACCUGCCUCCCUCACCUCAUUGUGGUCUCCUUGUUUGUUUGCAUUGGCACCUUUGCCUAUGUUAAGCCACCCUCCAGCUGUCUAUCAGGUCUGGAUCUUGUGGUGGGUGUGCUCUAUUCCGUGGUGCCACCAAUCAUGAAUCCAAUCAUCUACAGCAUGAGGAACAAGGAAAUUAAAGGUGCUCUGAGGAAACUUAUUCUUGGUUAA